CAAUAGCAUGGCGCAACAUCCAAAUCGCAAACGUCCAUUCAGCUCUGUUUCUGGUGCCAACAUGGGUGGGGAGCAGGGCAUGACUGAAGAGCAGGCGAUUAACAGUAAUGUUAAGGUUGUUGUCCGAGUGAGACCAGAAAAUGCCAAGGAGAGAGAUGGAGGUUACAAUAAUAUAGUACGAGUCAUGGACGAACAGGUGUUGGUUUUUGACCCAAAAGAAGACCAUGGAUCUCCUGAUUAUUACCAUGGAAAAAGGAGAAAGAGGCGAGAUAUCAUGAAAAGACAAAAUAAAGAUAUGAGGUAUGCCUUUGACAGGGUAUUCAGUGAAUAUGCCACAAACCAAGAAGUCUAUGAGAACACCACGAUGAAGAUUUUGGAUGGAUUCAUGGAUGGUUAUAAUUGUUCAGUGUUUGCCUAUGGAGCCACUGGGGCAGGUAAAACCUUCAGUAUGCUUGGCAGUCCAAGCAGCCCUGGAGUAAUCUUCCUUACUAUGAUGGAGCUGUACAGGAGAAUAGAACUGAUGAAGGAAGAGAAGAUAUGUGAUGUGGCUGUUUCUUACUUGGAGGUGUAUAAUGAGCAGAUCCGUGACUUACUCAUGCCGUCCAACCCACUCCCCAUCAGAGAAGAUCCAGCAAAAGGAGUAGUAGUGGCAGGGUUGUCUCUGCACAAGCCAAAGACUGCAGAUGAGUUGAUGUAUAUGUUGGACUUUGGUAAUCAGAAUAGAACACAGCAUCCCACAGAUGCUAAUGCAGAGUCCUCCAGAUCACAUGCUGUAUUCCAGGUAUUUGUAAGACAGAAGGACAGAACGGCCAACAUCUCAACAGAUUUCAGAGUGGCCAAAAUGUCACUGAUUGACCUGGCAGGAUCAGAGAGGGCCACAGUGACCACUAACAGAGGGGCCAGAUUUAGGGAAGGGGCAAAUAUCAAUAGGUCUCUCCUUGCACUUGGCAACUGUAUCAAUGCACUGGCUGAUGGGAAGGUCAAGGGUCAGCAUGUUCCAUACAGGAAUAGCAAGUUGACACGUUUGUUGAAAGAUUCACUUGGUGGAAACUGCAGAACUGUCAUGAUCGCUGCAGUGAGCCCUUCUGCUAUGACAUAUGAUGACACCCAUAACACCUUGAAAUAUGCAAACAGAGCCAAAAACAUUAAGGCUUCAUUAAAGAGAAACGUUGUUAGUGUGGAUUUCCAUAUUAGCAAGUAUGCACAAAUAUGUGAGGAUCUACGAAAAGAAGUUGCUGAGUUGAAAGAAAAGUUGAAAAAUUAUGAAGAAGGAAGUGUAGAACCUCCAGCUAAGAAAGCAGCAGUGGAUACUGCUUUCCAAGAUAACAUUGAGAGGCUUGAUAGUCAGUUGUACAACGUGUUCAAAUCUCGGCAAAGCAUAAGGAAGGAAAUCCUUGAGUAUGAAUGUGCAGACAGGGAUCUUGAUCUGAAGAUAUACAAGAAAGAGAAAGCUUUGGCAAGACUGGCAAACAUUGCACUAGAUGGACAGAGAUAUGAACAGGCAUGCUCCAGAAUUCAAAGGACAAUAGAUGCAGCCAAGUCGCGACAGACCAGUCUUCGUACACGGCUUGGUCACUCUGAAGAAAAGAUGCAGGAGAAUGUAUCCUGUCUUCAGCGUCUGGAAGAAGAGAUGAAAGCUUGUGGCAGAGAUGGGGUCAUGCCAGAGAUGCUGUCAUCUCAUCUGUCAAUAUGGCAUUUGGACUUGGAGUUGAGGGACACCAAGAGACAUGUGAAGUGCCUAAGAAAGAUUGCCAGGAACAUGGAGAGAGAGGCACAGGCGAGUGACAGGUUAAUGUCUGCGUUACUGACUGCCUUCAAAAAACAGUAUCUCAUACUGAAGGGGCACAACCUGGCCACGUCAGAUAUAGAGGCAGAGUUUGAUGGUAUACUAGAACUAGCUGAGACAGGAGACAGGGAGGUGGUGUGGGCUGACCAAAGUAUGGGUUCUUCUGAGACCAGGGAGGGAAGACAUGAAAGUGACUUCAGUUUUGAUAAACUGUUGAGUUUUCCUGUGCUCAGCUUUGCUGCAUCUUCGCCCAUCACAUGUCAUAAACCAAGAAGGAAAUCUGGUGUGGUCACUCCAUCAAAGACACCUCUGUCAGUGAAAAAAGGUAUUAACACACCAGUGCAUACUCCAAACCAUGGAUCCCAGGUGACGGUGGCAGCACCCCAGUCUGACUCCAGCCAUGCAGAGGGUCUAUACCGCACCAAGUCACAGACAGAUCUCACACAAGGUUGCUUUCCAGUGCCAGACCAAGCUGAACAAAGUCCUGGGCAAACUGUAACUCUAAAGUCCAGUAUAGUUUCCAAUGAUGUAGUGAGCACCAAAGAAGAGCACUGUCUGAAUGAGACCUUUAGCCUACCUGUAGAAGAAUGUACUCAGCUUCAAGCAACUGUAACAGCCACAAUAUCUUCGCAACAGCCCACUGUAGUAUUUGCAGAAGCAACUGUAGAAAACAAAGCUAUGGCCCCAGUACACAUAGGGCAGAAUGCACAAGCAGUUGCUCCAAAAAGUAACUGCAGCAACAGCAUCACUAAGACAGAUACUUUAAGGAACCAGAACCGUGUUCAUACACCACCCCCAUCAGAUCUCCACUUCCAGUCACAGGGUCAUCAAGUUCAGUCUCAGACUAUCACUAAAUCACAGUCCGGCAGUGUGGUUGUUGCUGAAGAAAGUGAACUUGGGGAGAAGUGUGAGAGGAAGCCAAAAAGUCAUGUCGUUAGAGCUAUGCAGUUUGAAGGACACAACAUUGGAAGUCCUGUGGGUAAAAUGUCAUUUGCAGAUGCUGUGAAGUCACCAGCAAGAUCUGCUGUAUUUCAGGCCCACAGAGCACCUUUGUCUCCCUUGACCAACACACCACAGAGACUGGGGACACCAAAAUCAGGACCAAGUCUAGAAAGCAGCCAGUCUAAGAAUGACAGACGUAUGACAUUUGCCAAGUCUGAUGGUCUAGGAGGAAAACCAACAUCCCAGCAACAAAUAGGGGAACCUGUUAUGUCCAGUGUUUCAAUGAAAAACAUGGCAGCCCUGCAGAAGAUGGGACUCCCAUCCAUGUUGGAUAAGUCAGCAAGUGUAUCAAGACCAGUGCCAAAAUAUAUGCAGCUGACUGCUUCUGCUGCUUAUAAACGUAGACACCACAAAAGAUCUUGGUCAUCAAAAGAGAACAGUUCCCCAGCAGAUGUGGACACAUCAUCAGGUAGACGUGGCAGUAGGGAGGACACCAGAGCAGGGCCAGUGAGAAGUCUGGCAAAAUCUCGCUCCAAAUCUGUGAACUCCUUAAACAGGACUGGAUGGCAAAGAUGAGAGAAAACAGUCAUUGAUCAUCAUGACAGGUGUAAAUUCCUGUUUUGGCUCUGGUAAAAGGCUAUUUAACACACCUAUCAAAAUUCAGACAAGCUAAAAAGUAAUUUUUUAUGUAAAUAUCAACCAUAACUUUUGCAUUUUCAAUUUUACUUUAACCACUAGCUUACUGUAUGUCACCAGGUUUGAUAUAUUAUGUAAUAUUGUUUUUGAGUAAACCUUGAUGGAAAGUGAAAUGCUCAGAUUUAACUUGUGAAUUAUUGUUUGAAAAUAUGUGUAUAUAAUAUGUGUAUUAUAUAUAUAUUAUUUUGAAUGUAGCUUAACCGACCAUUUGUCAAGUAGUAUAGAUCAAGGACACAAGGUUUCAUUUCCAUGUUAGAUUUAAAUUACAGUGAUUUUUCCUUCAAGUACUUGUCACUUUGUCUAUUUAUAUAUUUAACUAUUUAAACACUUACACGUCUUGAAAUGGUUUGUGUAGGUUAACUGUUUAUUCCCAUUAUGAAAAAAGCCGUCCCAGAGGUUCAGGCAGCUGGACCAUCUAAAGUUGGUGCUGUGUUUAUUCUGCCUGCAAUGAGCUUGAUCUGCAGUAUAGACAACAUUGAUUAUGGAUAACAUGAUUUGACACAAUAUCAAUUUUAAUGUAAUGCUGUAUGAUACAAAAAGUCACUUUUUGGAUAUAGAUGUGAUCUCAGUCAAAAAAUCUCGCAACCAGGGUAUUUUUGUUACCAUUUGUAAUUCUAAAAUUGAACAACACAUGUACUCUAUCACUUGUACAGAUAUGCAUGUUUUUCUUCUGCUUUCUUCUGAAUCUGUGAUAUAUAUCGCUGUCAUAUUUUGCUUGAAAUGCAUGAGCUCAGUAUGCUUCUCAUAGAAUU